GUGACCUUAUAUCGUGGAUUAGCGGCAAACAUUGGUCAAGAGCGCCAUAUGCCAGAGCAAUACCUUUGGACAAUAUUCCGCGCACAGAUCGAGGCACUUCACGCUAUGCACUACGGCACGGUCAUAAAAAACGACACAGAUCUCAGCCAGGUAUGCAUCACAGCACCAGGCUGGAAGGUAGUCAUCAACCCAGAUAUAAAGCUUCCGAACGUCGUCCUUGGAGAUGCACAGAGUGAUUGCUACGGUGCCGACAAAACGCCGAAACUCAUCGACUUUGGUCAAGCGUUCGAAGAAGGGCCGGGCAAAUGCGACUCUCUGGACACAAAGCAUCCAGUCGGCACAGAGAAUUUAUGGCCUCCUGAAAUUGCGUGGCCCCUUAUUCGCGGAUGGGAAAACAAUGCCAUCGGGCUCCACUCAGAGAUCUACACAGUCGGCCUCAACAUGCUCAGUCUGAUUCUUGGCGAGUACAAAGAAUCAGUACGCCCGGAUACCAUAGAUGCCCGCGACACUGACGAGUACGAAGAGAAGUAUUGGUUGCCUAGAGACUUCGACCGCACUUACACUCACUUUUUGAUCAAGAUUGUCCUGAAGUGCCUCAGAAUGAUGUGCGAGGAAAGGCCAACGUUGAUUGAUUUGCUUUACAAGACCAGGAGAGGCCUGGAGCAGUGGGAAAAAGCCCACGGCUCUGCAGACGGCGAAGACGUUCCCGCAUUUAUGAGGUUUGAUGUCUUGAAAGAAGAGGAGUUUCCUAUUGGAGCCAAGGAUCCUGAUAAAUGGGACUGGCGAAAGGAAAGGAAGGCUGAGGACCCUGAGCCAGUUCGCCACGAGCUUGUAGAUCCUGCUUUGACGGAUCUAAGUUCCGGCCCCGCACCAUCGAAGAAGGCAAAGAGCGUCUCAAGAAAGAGCUCAAAAACAUUAGUUGGAUCAAGUCCAGCAAGGGGCGUUCUGGCGAAGCUAUUCCAAAAGAAAGGCGAAAAGAUGUUUAGAGAUGACUGUGAUGAAAAUGAGGAGGGAUUUGAGUUAAGAUCGCUAAAAAACAAAAAGGAGCACAAGAAAGGAAUUGAAUGGAGAGCUGUUGAAGCAGGAAAUGGUAGAUAAGGACUUGGAGUUUCAGAAACUUGGUGAGGAUUCGAGUAUUGAGAUCGCAAUGCCAAAGUCUGACAAAUAAUGUGCAUUGUCAAAAGGGCGG